UCGGAUGGAAACGACGAAACUAUGCAACCAUCAUUUAGUGGGCAGCAACAUCAUGAUGUUCCAGAACCAGAACCGUCAACGAGUGGUCAACAAAUCGAACAUGAGCUGGAUAUGGUACCAUCUAUUCCAUCAUUGGAGUCAAUUCCGUCAACAGAUCAACUACAGGGUCCCCAUAAUAUUGAGAAGUUUAAUACCAUUGCUGAAACAUUGAGUUUAUCGCCAAUCUCAUCUAGAAACAUGAGAAGUAUGGAAUAUCGCAUAAACAAAUCAUUGCAGAUUACGAAAGCAGUUCGAAAAAAUAUCUUCGGAAUAGAUUCAACGGAUGUUGGCAAAGUGGAGGCGUAUGACGAGAUAAUUAUGCAGUUAAAGGAUAAGUUCAAUCACCCUACAACUGACAGAAGCGAACAGAUUAAAAUACUAUCUGUACUUCCUAAGUCUUGGUCGGUAAAUAAAAUCACAAGAGAGUUUAACGCACCAAUGUAUAUGGCGAGGCAGGUGAAGGAUCUUGUUUAUGAACAGGGUAUUCUUUGUACCACCGAAAAAAGAAGGGGGCAUGGUAUUGAUGACGAUACAAAACAAAUAGUAAGAGAAUUUUUUGAUGAUAAUGAUAUCAGCAGGCCAAUGCCAGGAACAAAUGAUUUUGUUUCUGAGGUUCGAAAUGGAAAAAAACAACAAGUUCAAAAACGACUUUUGAUGAUGUCGCUCAAAGAGGCUUAUAUGAUUUUUGUAGAUAUGUACAAAACUGUGAAUAUUGGUUUCACAGUAUUUACACAGUUGCGACCAAAGCAUUGUAUUUUACUUGAUUCUACUGGUAUACAUAAUGUAUGCAUAUGUACUAUUCAUGAAAAUGUAAAUUUAAUGUUCAACAGUAUAAGAAUUGUGUCACAAGAUGAAAUAAUACAAAAAAUGCUUUGCGAUAUUUCCACCAGAACAGAUAAUUGCUUUUUCCGUGCUUGUGAAAAGUGUGCUUGUAAUGAACACAUUGAAGAGGAACUUACAUUGAUAUUAGAAUCAAAUGACAAAGAAGAGAUUAUAUUUCAGCAGUGGUUGAAUACUGAUCGCUGUAAUUUAGAAACGAUUAUUAAACCUGUUGAUGAAUUUGUUCCGUAUCUUGUUGAUAAAAUUGACAAACUUAUAACACACGACUUUAUUCAUAAACAACAAUCAUCAUUUCUCAGAAAUAAAAAAGAUACAUAAAAGGAUGAUGAAAUUCUUGCGAUUUGUGAUUUCUCUGAAAACUAUUCAUUCAUAAUUCAAAACGCUGCUCAAGGAUAUCAUUGGAACAACUCGCAAGCAACAAUACACCCAUUUGAAAUUUACUAUAUGAAAGAUAAUAAACUUGUAAAUGUUAGCUUCAUUAUCAUAUCGGAAGUAAUGGCUCACGAUACAGUUGCGGUCCAGUUGUUCAUCUCAAAAAUGAUAGAUUUUAUGAAACAAUUAACGAACUUUUCUAAAAUUUAUUUUAUGUCUGAUGGGGCAGCAUCACAAUACAAAAAUAAGAAGAACUUUGCUAGUCUAUGUAGAUUCCAGUCAAAGCAUGCAUUAAGAGCAGAAUGGCAUUUUUUUGCAACGUCCCACGGUAAAGGUCCAUGUGAUGCUAUUGGUGGCACUCUCAAGCGAAUGGCAAAGAGAGCAAGUCUUGCUCGAGAUUAUGGAAAUACCAUAGCAACUCCACGACAGUUAUAUAACUGGGCAGUUGUACAGACAGAUAAAAAUAUAACUAAAUUAAAUUUCUGUUACGUAUCCACUGAACAGUACAUUAAAAUGUCAGAAGAUCUCGAAGAAAUAUAUAAUAACGCCAAAACAAUACCAGGCACUCAGAAAUUCCAUAGUUUUUUGCCUAUUCCUGGCGACAAAGUAAAGGCAAACAGGUAUUCUAAUUCAGAAGAUGAACCAAAAAUAUUUAGUAUGAUCGGAAAAAAAUAGAAAAGAACAUGUUUGAAAUUGGCUCUAAGACACAUAUAUAUAUAUAUAUAUAUAUAUAUAUAUAUAUAUAUUUGAAAAAUUCAUAAUUAUAAAUAAUUGUAUAUUUAAAAGUGCACUUCAAUACAUAUUGCGAUCAAACAUUACAUUUCCUAAGAAAAUACAUUUGUAAUAUUUUGAAGUUUUUUAUGUAUAGGAAAACCCUUCCAAAUGAUUGAAUAAAUAACACAAAAUCUCCUAGAAAAUUGAGUUUCAUUGGAUUCUGGGAUUGUUAUGGCCUUCACUGGUUUUAUUGUUGAUAACAAAAUACACUGAAAAAAAAAAUCAUUCGAACAAGAAAAAGUUUUUGUUAGAAAAACUUUUUUUCCUUAAAAGUGCCUAUCUUGUGAUGUAUGGACGGUUGGUAGGGAACAUAAUUACCUGUCUUGAGACAAAAUUUCAUCAAAACCAAAAAUGGUGUUUUUUUUUAAAUCAACUUUGAAUUUUUAGAAAUGAUUUUUUUCAGUGUAGGGGUCAUUUUGGAUUUUUUUCAGUAUUUUUUUCUUAAAAUUUGACUUAUUUUGUGAUAAUCACCCAUACAACACUUUUUUGUAGGAGUAGUCAUUUUUUGAUUAAAAACAUUUUUAAAAAAUCCAUAAAAAAAGUUUAGCCCUUUUCAAAAGUCAGUCGAGAAAAAAAAUUAGAAAAAUGAGUAUGCAAAGUGGCUUAUCUGGGCAAGGUCUACACACCAAGAAAGUUUCGUUGUAAUCUGAGAGGGUGCUGCCAACAUUUGUUCGAGUUGGCGCGAAAUCCGUCUAUUAAU